AUGGCUGAUAUCUUUUUUGGCACCACCACUACGUUGAACCGGUUUUCGUUUUUGCGGUCGAAUCCCGACUUCAUCAGCAAAACAGUUACCGAUCCCGAAUCUCCAGCUCGGUUGGUUUUCUAUAAGCAGGAUGGCAAAAAUGGAAUUCAUCCGUUUCUGAUCGAACAGGACAGUCAGCUGGGGCUUUUGAAUCUUCAGGUUAAUAGCCUCCCUGGAUCGCUGAAGUCGAUUUUCCAUAAAUGGGUUGAAGAUAACAAGUCCAAAUCACUAGAGAUUAGAAAUCAGAUCACGAUGGUUUUUCUUGGUCUUGACGAAGAUGGGCUGGACGAGAAAUUCCUCUUCAACGACAAUUCUCUAUCCAAGUCGUUCAAGUAUCCGACUGGUUACAAAGUUCAAAGCUAUCCAAAGUUCAAAUACGACAAGUUCCAAGGAACUCCAUAUUUCUCCGUUGAUGUUACACAUAGCAGAGAGCUCCAGGAUUAUUUGUUGUCUUACCAGGAUGUGAAGGUGGAGAAUAACAUGUUGAGUCUUCUGACCAUGUCCAAAAACGAAUCAUCGCUCUUUGCAUACUCCAAAAUGUACAUGGACUGGUUGAUGAGAAACAAGUUCUGUCCCGGCUGUGGUAGCAAGGUUGUUCCUGUUGACGCAGGAACACGCUUGUUUUGCCAUACUCCCGCGAAUGAGUGUCCGGUGAAGAGCUCUUCGGUCAGUAACGUCUGUUUCCCACGUACAGAUCCGGUGAUCAUCGUGGGAGCCAUCUCGGCAGACGGAAAAAAGAUCCUUCUUGGAAAUAAUAAACGACACCCAGUCACUACCGCGGGAAAGCGCAUGUUUUCGUGUAUUGCCGGCUUCAUGGAGCCUGGAGAAACUAUCGAGGAGUCCACGUUGAGAGAAAUCUGGGAGGAAACAGGAUGUUCUGCCCGUGAGGUUAGAAUUGCUUCCAGUCAGCCGUGGCCGUUCCCUGCCAACUUGAUGAUUGGAUGUUUUGGAGUCGUGCAUUUCGACGGAAUCAGCGAAAUCAUCAACACCUCGCUUGAUAACGAAUUAUCGGACUGUAGAUGGUUUGAUGUGGAAGACGUGAAAACUCUCAUCAAUAAUGGCGAAGUAGAAGACAUUAGUCUUCCUAUGGAAGGAUCCAUUGCGUACGAGCUCAUCAAGAGUCUUGCCAAUGGAAAACAUCAGUAG